AAUAGCACCAAAUAAAAGCGAACUCAGCCAUUAGUGUUCUACUAUCUCGCAUGGAAGAGGUUCGGAAAGAAGCAAAUAUCGAGGAAGAAGCAAGAAGAAUGAUGAGGAUCGCGAAAAUUUCCAGGAGGAUAUCCAUUGGAUGAUAAUGCGGACUUGAUUGAUUUUACGGAGCAUGCGCGAGGAAGAAGCGCUUUAAACGUAAAAAAAAUAUCAAGAGAGAUCAGUCCUUGAUGCGUCGUUGCGAAGAGAGCUUACAUGGAUGUUGAUCAAGUUUCCUACGUGGAUUACGCUUGCGGCUGGAAUCGGAAAAUUAUGAUCUUCAUGGGGAUUUGGCCGGAAGAAAGAGGAUUCAGUUAUGCGUCCAGCUAUAAAGUUUUAUUCCCGAUCAGUUUUAUGUUUCUCUUUAUUACCGUACCACAAACAACAAAUCUCUAUUUCAUUUGGGGUGAUUUCGAAUCGAUCGUCGAGAAUCUAUCGGUAUCAAACAUAAUUAUAACAAUUUCUCUAUUGAAGACAACAGCAUUUUGGUUCAACGGGAGAUCCAUGAAAAUACUUCUAUGGCACAUGGAAAACGAUCGAAGAGAAGCAACAACCGAGGAAAACAUUAGGAAGAUGAUGAGAAUCGCUGAUAUCAGUAGGAAGAUAACAGCUGGAAGUAUCAUAAUGUGUAAUUGUAUUGUUUUUACUCAUGUGAUAAUAAGAACCCUAUUGCUACCAAUUACCGGACGGGUUUUGUAUUAUCGUGCCUCUUUCCCAUAUAACACCCAUAUCUUUCCGAAUUUCGAACUAACCCAGAUUGGACAAAUUACAGCCGCACUUUACGCAGCCAACAGUUAUACAGCUGUUGAUACUUUCAUGACAAUGUUGGUGUUACAUGUGUGCGGACAAUUUUCGUGUCUCAGAAAAAACUUGACCCAAUUGUGUUCGGAAAGUAACAAAAAUUUUCGAAUUGAUCUCGCAAGAAUUGUGGAAAAAUAUGAUAUGCUUAAUAGAUAUGCUGAAACAAUCGAUGACAGAUUCAACGGCAUGUUACUUGUACAAAUGCUUGGCUGUACAAUGCAACUCUGUGUUCAAUUCUAUCAAGCAAUUUCGACCAUUGUGGAUGACGAUCAUAGUCUCUUGAUAAUCCGACUAUUCUUUUUUGCUAUAUACACAACAUACGUCAUGCUUCACAUUUAUCUAUAUUGUUAUAUCGGUCAGAAACUUUUUUCUGAGGGAACGAAAAUUGCUUAUGCCGUGUACAAUUGCGACUGGUAUCAUUUAUCACCAAACGAAGCUAGAUGUCUUAUAAUAAUAAUGUGUCGUGCACAAAUAUCAUCGCAUAUUACUGCAGGAAAAUUUUGUUCCUUCAAUCAUGAACUUUUCAGCUACAUUUUAAAAACAUCGAUGGGUUAUUUGUCCGUCCUAUAUGCGAUGAAAAUCAAAUUUAUCGAUUAAAACUUUUGAAAAAUCGAAUUAUUUAAACUGAAGAUAAAUUAUUCUUAAAAUAAUUUUUAAAAUAAUCCUAUGUUUAUUUAAAUGUAAU